UUUCUUUUCCCCCGUCUUUGUCGAAGCGGGUCCGGAGCGGCGGAUCGUCCGCGGGAUCCGGAUCGGGAUCGGGAUCAGGGGAGGGUCAGGGUCCUCGCCCCCUCGGGCGGGGAGCCGGGGAUGGGGGACGGAUCAUUAUCUGCCGAGCGAGUCCGACAAGAUCCAUGCGUUAAAGUUAGACCUGCGGUGAGAGAUUUAUUGGAAGAAAAGCCCACAACUGGAAGCAAACCAUGACUGAAGACGAGGGAACAGCAGCAAGUGAACCAGCCCGAGGACUGACAGCACCAACUGGAGAGAACCCUUCUGACUCAGAGUUUCCAUCGAUUCAGUCAGGAGAAAGUCUGAGCAGCAAAAGCGGGUCACACCUGUCCUCAAAAUGGGUCAAGGUGCGAGCAGUGGAGGAGUUCCAGUGACGUCAACAUCGGGAAAGGACACAGAGCAGCAAAAACCUAUCACACCUGUCCUCAAAAUGGGUCAAGGUGCGAGCAGUGGAGGAGUUCCAGUCACGUCAACAUCGGGAAAGGACGUGGAGCAGCAAAAACCUAUCACACCUGUCCUCAAAAUGGGUCAAGGUGCGAGCAGUGGAGGAGUUCCAGUGACGUCAACAUCGGGAAGGGACACGGAGCAGCAAAAACUGAUCGCAACUGUCCCCAAAAUGGGUCAAGGUACGAGCAGUGGAGGAGUUCCAGUGACGUCAACAUCGGGAAAGGACACGGAUCCGAGCUCAGUGAUCACCGAGCUCCUGGAAAGCUGUAACGAUUCCCAGCUGCUGCAGCUGACGGAUUUCUACCAGGACAGGCUGGAGCAGGCGAUGGAAGGAGGGGUGCACGGAGUGAGCCUGGCGUUAACGGCCGAGUAUCAGUUCAGUGGAGAGGAACAUCGGAAAAUCUCUGAUCUCGCUGAUAAGGGAGAGCGGGCGGACAGUUCUAAACUCCUCCUGAGCCUGGUGAUGGAGAAAGGCUCCCGCGCCCGGAGGGUGAUGUGGGAAACCUUUGUCAAAAUGCGGAUUGGUGUCCCAAAGAUUGACAAAAUACUGAAAGAAAUACAGGAAUAUGGUUGUGUUCCGGUCCAGCGACCCGUCCCGGAGAUUCCCAGAGAGCUGAAAGAUGUUCAACAGAAACAUAAGGAGACUCUGCGGACACAAACGGAAACACUGAGAGUCAACACGAUCCUGAUGAGGGAGAAGGUGAAGGUUUUCCAGCUGGUUGAUCGAUACGCUGAGCUCACGGUCAUUUCUACUGUUCGAGAUAGGACACUGGUGGAACAUGAGCUGCUGGCAAGAGGCAGAGACCACGAGGAGUGGAGAGAGGAACAUCUCCGCAGAGAGCUGGAGAAAAUCCGGACAGCUCAGCUGUUUCAGAAUAGUUACUCACAUAGAUUUUGGGACAAAAUGAAAAGAUCCUUCACACGAUCAACUUCGGGAUGUUCGGCAGCAGUGGCCGGAGUCGCGGGGAUCGGGAAAACAACAAUGGUUCAAAAGAUUGUUUAUGACUGGGCCAAGGGGAAAAUAUACCAACAAUUCCAGUUUGUCUUCAGUUUCAAAUUUCGGGACUUAAACUCCAAUAACCGCAGAACAAACCUGAGGGAAAUGAUUCUAGAUCAGUAUCCUUACUUUAGGAAAUCCUUGACAGAGGUCUGGAAGAACCCAAAGGGGUUGCUGUUUAUAUUCGAUGGUUUGGAUGAAUUCAAACACAGAAUCAAUUUUGCAGACAGUCGGAGAGAUACAGAACCCAAGCACCAGUGCCCAGAUCCCGAGUGGUGGUGUGAAGUGUCUGACAUUGUGUACAGUUUAAUCCAGGGCAAGCUGCUCCCAGGGUGUUCAGUGCUGGUGACCACCCGUCCCACUGCGUUACAUUUAUUGGAAAAGGCAGAGAUCAGUGUCUGUGCUGAAAUCCUGGGAUUUGCUGGGAAGGAACGGAAGGAAUAUUUCAUCAGGUAUUUUGAAGAUCAGACGGUGGCAGCAGCUGUUUUCAAACACGUGGAGGAGAACGAGAUCCUGUACACCAUGAGCUACAACCCCUCCUACUGCUGGAUCCUCGCUCUGGCACUGGGCCCCUUCUUCACACAAAGAGUCAGGGACCCGCAGCGAGUUCCCAAGACCAUCACCCAACUGUACUCCUACUAUAUUUACAACAUCCUGAAAAACCACGGCCGUGAGAUUGAGAAACCCCGUGAGGUGUUACUCAGGGUUGGUCAGAUGGCCUUCAGAGGAGUGUAUGAUAAGAAGAUUGUGUUUACAGAUGGAGAUUUGAUCAACUACAAUCUGCAGCCUUCCCAGUUCCUGUCCGGAUUCCUGAUGGAGCUUUUGGAGAGAGAGGAUUCUGCCCGGAGCGUGGUGUACACAUUCCCACACCUCACCAUUCAAGAGUUUGUAGCUGCAGUCGCACAAUUCCUGAAUCCACAUCCCGGGGAUAUCCUGAAAAUCCUCACUGAGGCCCACAACACAACAGAUGGGCGAUUUGAGGUAUUUCUCCGUUUUGUUGCUGGUCUCUCCAACCCAAUGACAGCUCGGGGCCUAGAGGAGUUUCUGGGUCCAUUUCCUCAUCAAACAACCUGCCGGGUGAUUGACUGGGUGAAGGAGGAGGUUAAACGUCAGAGUGGAAACGCGAGGAGUGAAUCUGGUAAAAGGAGCCUCCUGAACACAUUGCACUACCUGUUUGAGUCUCAGAAUCGUGGACUGGCUCAGGCCGCACUGGGAUCUGUGGAAACACUUUCAUUCCGUGAAAUGACACUGACCCCGAUUGACUGCGCGGUCCUGUCUCAUGUCAUCGGACUCUGUGAUACAAUAAAACGUCUCGACCUGGAGAGCUGCCACAUUCAGUGUGAAGGAAUCCAGCGGCUGGGACCCGGGCUGCACAAGUGCCGGGAGUUGAGACUGAGUGGUAACAAACUGGGAGAUUCAGGAGUGAAACUGGUGUCUGCAGCUCUGAGGAACCCGGAGUGUAAAAUACAGAAACUGGGGCUGGGCAAUGUCGGUCUCACAGAUUCUGGUGCCGAGGAUCUCGUCUCCGCUCUCAGUACAAACCCAUCACUGACGGAGCUGGACCUGAGUAUUAAUGAACUGGGAGAUUCAGGAGUGAAACUGGUGUCUGAGGCUCUGAGGAACCCAGAGUGUAAAAUACAGAAACUGCGGCUGGGAAAUGUCGGUCUCACAGAUUCUGGUGCCGAGGAUCUCGCCUCUGCUCUCAGUACAAACCCAUCACUGACGGAGCUGGACCUGAGAUCAAACUCGCUGACAGACCGAUCUGUCCCCGCUCUCCGCCGCCUCAUACUGACCCUCCCGAGUCUGGAGCGGAUCCGGCUGGGGUACAAUCAGUUCAGAUGGACCGGGAAGAAGGAACUGAGAUCUCUGCAGGAACCCAGACCCGGACUGACAGUGACCGUGUGAACAUCUGAAUGUGUGAACAUCCCCGCCCGCGGGAUGGGGACAUUUUUGCCGAUUCCCCGCCCUCCCCUUUAACUCCCCCCCCCCCACCUUCCCCUUACCUUUAAUGGCCGCGCGCCAGGUUUAAUUCCCAACCGUUCUAACGGAGCUGGCUCCAGGGUCGCACGCGUAGUUCUUUGUGCGCCCGUAGUGACGUAUUUUCGCCUGCUGUCCAGCGGCGCAGCUUCCGCCGGAUGUCCGGUUUCGAGACCCCGCCCACGUGAGACCCCGGGAAAUUACACAAACGGGAAGAUCCCGGGGGCCGGGGCUCAGUCUGGGACACCGGUGUCCCGGGGUGGGAUUAUCCCGGGAGUAUGUAAUGCUGGCUGGCCUGCUGCGUUCACGGGCAACUUUUACGUUUGAUGCCGGGGAAUUACACAGACAGUAAGGGCCCGAUGAUGG